UUGCAGGAGAAACUGAAGCACUUUGUAACUCGUGUUCACUUGUUGUUAAAGUGAUUUAUGAUUUGAAUAAACUUCUCAAGGAGGAAGAAGAGGCAAAUUCAGCGAAGAAAUCACAUCAACAGACACAAAAAGCAUAGAUAGUUUUUUUUAUAUAGAAUAAAAGAAAGAAGCUACAAUGGCGGGCCGUGGUCGAGGACGAGGUAAACCGACAAUGUCGAUUUCCAAUGAACAAUUGGGACUUAGUAAAGAACAACAACCACCGCAAGUUGCACAGCCACCGCCAAAAUUUCCACCUCUAGUUUACAAACCAGUGACAUUUAACAUUACUGACGAAUUCAGUUAUUUAUUCGAAUUGAAACGUGAUUUUGCCGAAUUCAUGAAGGAAUCCGCAUAUAAUGUCGAACCAGUUAUUAUUAAAAAGGAUAUUGAUCGUUAUUCCGAUCACUAUUUAAGUAAGGUCACGAGUUUCGAAUCCAGAUACGACUGGACGAGAAUGCCCGUCGAAUUAAAACCAUUGACGAAGAAACGUAAAUCAGUGAAUAGUGGUGUUGUUAUUCCAAAUAAGCGAAAAGAGAUAAACAUUGAGGAGAAAUUGAAGGAACUCGAGAAGAAGGAAAUUAGUCAUAAUUCUGAUGUUGAGGAAGAUACUAAGGAAGAAGAGGACAAGGAGGAGAAGGAUCCAGAUGAAAUAAUAGAAGAUGAGGAGGAGGAUAUUGAUGAGGAAAUGGAUGAUGGAACCGAUUAUGUUAAUAAUUAUUUUGAUAAUGGAGAAGGUUACGAUGAAGAAGAAGAUAAUAUUGACGAUGGCCCUGUGUAUUAAAGAAAUUGCUUUUGACCAUUUUCCUUGGAGUGGCAGUGGGAAAUUUGGCUCCGUAUGCACCUCGGGGAUGGCGACCGCAUGGUCAAUCGUUUAAUCCGAGCAAAAAUCAAUUACAAUCAUACGGUCCACCUGCUGCAUC